UUAAGUGUGUGGCUCUCAGCUGCCGAGGCGGACGAUGAUGAUGGCGGAGCUGGUUCAGGGACAGGCCUCGGUGGCUCAGCCCGGAACGAAAGAUGACUUCGCAGACACGAUACGCCGGGUCCGACAGAUGGCAGCCAAGAUGGGAGGAGACCAGAUGCCCAACAUGAACAGUUCGUCUCCAGUCAUAGACCCCUCCCUCUACGGCUUUGGAGGCCAGAAACGCUCACUAGACAAUGGAGUAGGGAACCACCUCGGUGCAAUGGUACAUCAAAGGGCUCUUGCAACAGAAGACUACAAAGUGCCUGAUAAGAUGGUGGGAUUCAUCAUUGGAAAAGGAGGAGAGCAGAUCUCAAGAAUUCAGCUGGAAUCCGGUUGUAAGAUCCAGAUCGCCUCUGACAGUGGAGGCAUGUUGGACCGGCCAUGCACGCUGACUGGGAGCCCAGAGAACAUUGAGCAGGCGAAGAGGCUGCUCAGUGAGAUUGUGGAGCAGUGUCGGUACGGUCCAGGCUUCCACAGUGACAUGGACGGCAACAGCUCCAUCCAACAGAUCCUCAUCCCCGCCAACAAGGUUGGCCUGGUCAUCGGCAAGGGAGGAGAGACCAUUAAACAACUGCAGGAGAGAACAGGAGUGCAGAUGAUAAUGAUUCAGGAUGACCCCAUGCCCACUGGAGCAGACAAGCCCCUGAGAAUCUCUGGAGAUCCCCACAAAGUGCAGCAAGCCCGUGAACUUGUGGUGAAGCUCAUCCGGGACAAAGACCAAGGAGACUUCAGGGUCGGAAGGGCAGAGUUUGGAUCCAAAAUGGGAGGAAGCAGUUUGGAUGUGGUUGUGCCCAGAUUUGCUGUUGGCAUCAUCAUCGGCAGGAAUGGAGAGAUGAUCAAGAAGAUUCAGAGUGAUGCUGGUGUCAGGAUCCAGUUCAAACAAGAUGAUGGAGUCAGUCCUGACCGUGUUGCUCAGGUGAUGGGCCAGCCCGAACACUGCCAUCAUGCGGUCCACCUCAUCAACGAACUGGUUCAGACGGCUCAGGAGCGGGAUGGCUACGGCGGUGUAAUGGGACGUCGUGGACGGGGGGACAGCAACAUGGGAGGCCCUGGAGGACUGCAGGAGGUGACAUAUGCAGUACCUGCUGAUAAGUGUGGCCUGGUCAUUGGCAAAGGUGGAGAAACCAUAAAGAACAUCAAAGAGCAGUCCCGUGCCCACGUGGAGCUCCAGAGAAACCCGCCGCCCAACACGGACCCCAACGUACGCAUCUUCUCCAUCCGAGGCACCCCUCAGCAGUUGGAAAAGGCCCGCCAGCUGAUCGAUGAGAGGAUUGGGGGUCCAGGAAUGGGGGGCAACAGCAGCUUCGGCAUGAAUCCCUACAACCAAGGACCAGCCACUCCGCCUCAACAUGGGCCUCAGACGUUCAUGACUGGAGGAUGGGGUACAACCUUUCAAAUAUGGCAACCUCAAGGCCAGCAGGACCACAGUCACAAUGGAUCCCAGACGGGCCAGAUGGACUGGGAGCAGUAUUACAAAAAGUUAGGUCAGCAAAACCAAGCUCAGAGCGCUGCUCCCGAAUAUAACAAAGCUUGGGGCCAGACAGCUGGUCCUACAUCUCAGCAGACCUCUAAUCCUGACUACAACGCAGCCUGGGUUGACUUCUACAGACAGCCGAUGGCCUUCUUCAACCAGGGCGCUCAGCAGACACAAGCCCCGGGCCUUCAGGAUCAUUAGAGAAGACGCCCAGGUUAAAGACUUGAAUCACUGAGAGGAUGAAAACGACCCUUUUUUAACAGAGGGGGUUUCUAGAUUUACAACGCCUUGAAAACUUUUUUUCUUAGUGAGAAACACUAGCUGUAGAAUGACUUAUAUGAUAAAGUAAUAUUUCUAAAAAUCAGGAACAUUUAUUUGUUACUAAAUGCUUAUGUACACUGUUAUUUUGGAUAGACAGUAUCUGGGAUCCCUUUUUGGACUUGAGAGAGAGCUGUUGUGUUUUUGUUUUUUUUGUUUUUCCUUCUUUUCUACAUUUUCCUGUCUUGACUCAGAUUGUACCGCCAAAACAAACCCAAGAGUUGUAACAUUUCAAAAGGCAAUAUGAUCUAUUUUUUCUAGUUAUGUCGCAAUGAAUCCAUGAUCACCUGCUUAGCAGUCUUGAAUACCACCUUCUUUUUUUUUUUUUUUUGUUUUGUCGUAAGAUGUUUAAAGAGUGUGCUUAAAAAAAAUUAGUAAUGUUUUCCUUUUACAUAAUUCAGUGAAAUGAAACUGUGAUGUUUUGUUACAGGAAAUGUAUUUUUGUUACAAGGUUUAAAAAAAAAAAAGUAAAGAGAAUUAAUGUCAGCCAGCGGCAGUAGUUUCUAAUUUAAUUCCUGUUGUGCAUUGUAUGCUGUUUUUCAUUGUCAUUUUUAUUGUACUCUGGUUUAAAUACAAAAAAAAAGGUGCAAUAUCUUAUUUCACUUUUGAAACAAAGAUGGGUUCUCUAAUAUUUUGACAGACUUUUAACUUGUAGUUUUAAGAUGAUUUUUUUUUCUUCUUUUCAAAUGGAAAUGUCAUGGAUAAUUUAUUACAGUGAUCUGAUAUUAUAGGAUUUAGGGGGAUGUUGCAAAUAGCUUUGUUGCCUUUGCUACCUUGUAAAACUCUGUAUAUAUGCUCAUAUUUGACUGUUAAUUUAAAAUAUAUAUGUUUCAUAUAUAUAUAAAUAUAUAUACUUAUCUAAGAAAUUAUUAUUUUUUUUUGUUUUCCCGUGAUCAGUGUCGCAGGAAAAUUGUCCCUCUUUUUUCUGUUCUGUUUUCAUACUGAAAAUGUUCAAAGAUUGUGAAUGUGUGAUUUGAAAUUUGAUGUUGCAUCUUGUUAUGAAGAAAAACAAGAAGUGGUAGAAUUCAUUAUUUUUUUUUUUUUUGUGUGUGUGUAUGUGUUUGUAUGUUCUGUACCCAAACUAUUCAAGACUGCUAAGCCUCUGUAAUUCGUACCUGUGUAAUAAUUAAUGUAGUAUUUUUAUGUUUUAAGUAUUAUGAUCAAAAAACUGUCUUCAUUUGGUACCUCCCAGUUCAGCAACGUCCCGCUGAGCCCUCGCCGUGGACUCAGCGGGACGUUGGACUCAGUCCAAUGCUAAUAACUUUUUAAUUAAUUUUUUUAUUUCCUGUGUGAUCUAAUAUAAAUGAUACGAAUGAUGCAUCAUUAUGGUAAAUGAUUCUGGUAUUAACAUCAUUUCUUAAUGAAAAGGGAUAUAAUUUCAAAAAAAAAUAUGUCUAAUUAUGGUGUUUUUUUUUUCUUCAUGUGUACAGUUAACCAUGUAUUAAAAACAUCCAGACUACCUUUAUCGUGUACUGUUAAGCUGAUUUUUCUGUUUGAACACUUUGAUGUCUUUUGUUGUAUUCUCAGUGUGUGUGUGUCUGCGUGUGUGUGUAGAUGUAUACUAACAGAGUAGGCCAAAUAUGUUUUUUUUGUGUGUGUUUUCUAAGCAGAAAAUCUAUAUUUUCUAUAGUCUUACUGACAGUUGUCGAAUUCAAAUAAAUUUUCCGCAAGCCUC